GUUCCAUUCCGCCUCACUUCCGAGAAGUUCCCCACCUCCCCUCUGCCUCUCCCCUCGGCUUUGCUUGAUCGUUCCCCACUCCGCUUCCCAUCGCAGCAGCCCGUCCGGCGCUAUGGAAGAGUCAUUGAUUAUUACUUGGAAGACAAUUGCUAAAAUAAUACGAAAGUCAACUAAUAUGUCGCCCUUCGAAAUUGAGAAAUUGGUUGCAGAGGCAUGGAGGGAGUGCCCAAACUGCAAAUGUCGCAUUGAUAACGAUGUUUCAUCACAGUGGCCAGGACUCCCAGCGGGUGUUAAGUUUGAUCCAUCUGAUCUGGAACUGCUCACACAUUUAGAAGCAAAGGUUGGCCUCGGAAAUUCAGCGUCCCAUAUACUGAUAGAUGACUUUAUUCCAACCAUAGAGGAGAUAGAAGGAAUCUGCUAUACGCACCCAGAAAAUCUCCCUGGUAUCAAGAUAGAUGGCACCAAUAGUUAUUUCUUCCAUACAAUAUCAAAUGCGUAUGAUGUUGGCCAGCGUAAGCGUCGCAAGGUCGUCAGCAGUGAUCAUACUGUUCGUGAUGAGCCUAUCAGAUGGCACAAGACUGGUAAAUCUAGAUCCAUCUCAGAAAAUGGUGUGGUGAAAGGCUGGAAGAAAAUAUUGGUUCUUUACAUAGGUUCUAAGAAAAAAGGUGCAGAUAUAUAUAAAACUAAUUGGACGAUGCAUCAGUAUCACCUUGGGGUAGAGGAAGAUGAAAAACAUGGGGAGCUUGUUGUUUCGAAAAUCUUUUGGCAGUUGCGGUCAAAUAAAACCAGGAAGUCUCAAAUAUAUGUUGUUGAUGAAGAAUACGAUUCAGUUGCUGGGGAAAUCGAUCCGACAACCCCAAUGACAAACCCUCCGCAGCCUCGUCGCCUGAACAGUAGCCCAAGCAAAACCGAGCAGAAUGAGGAGGAAGACGAAGAGUAUGGCUUAACCUCGCAGGCCAUCAAUGACGCGGCGACACUACCUGGCCUGGCUGAGCACCCGCUGUCCAACGGAACCCACACAUGUCCCAAGAACGCGCCACUGCCUCUUGACAUGGACGCGCUCCACGGGUUCUCUCACUUCGACAAAGAUUUGUUCGAUCUGCCUGACAAUCCUUUUGGGUCGCAGGAUAGUCUCAGCUGGCUGGACCUGGACGACAAGCACAUAGAGGAGAAGGAAUUUUGAAAUUUAGCGGCGCAAUACAGAGAGCCUGUUUUUUGCUCGUGAUGUGUGUAUCUGUGUGCACGAGUGAUCCUUCUCCUGAGAAAGUUUUUGUAUACUAGUAUGAUAUUGCAGCCUGCGAAUAAAUGUACCUCAGCUAUGUUUCCGGUGGUGCUGGCAAUAGUAGUAGAUUAGUCGGACAUUCUCGAGUAACAUCUCCACUCGGAAUGUUCUGUUUUUGAGGAACAUGCUAUGUCUGAGCAAUACAUGGACCAUCGGAUGUUUUCUAUUAAUGUUCCUUGUGUUUCCCCCCUCAGUUCGGCUCUUGCUUCUUUAAGUCCAAA